UGUGUCCAGCGUGGCCUGCAUCUACAUCUGCAGGGCUGAAAGAGGUUGACGGGAGGCCUGGGUCUCCAGGCUCAAUCGGAGUGAGAGAUGUGAAAAACACUGGAGAGAAAAGAGUAUGGGCCAAACAGAAGGCAGAGCCAUGCUUCUUUCCCGUGAGCAAGACCAUCCCUUCUUAGCCCAGUGACCAUGAAGGAUGUCCCAGCACUUGGGCCACAGCAAGCUGUUCCUCUCUCGGGAAGACAGGCCACGGAAGCUUUGUCUCCAGUGCUGCCCUUGCUGAACAGCCGCUCUUGAGGACAAGUUCCGGAAGAAACAGCCUCUGUCCUCCCAGAUCGGCCUUCUUUGCACAUGGAUCUUCUGUUCUGUGUCCUUUUUAGAAGAACUUUUGGGGAAGCCUUUUGGAUUACAACUGUCCAUCUUCUAUGCAAAGGAAAGAAAGCUCUUGAAUGGGGGUUUUAAGAAGCUUUCCUCUAAACGAAUUCUUGCACACCACAGACAUGCUUGAGAAGGAGUGAUAAAGGCAAGCAUGAAGCCUUCGCCACUCUGCUGCAUGUGUAGUUACUGUUGAAGCCAUUGCCUACCUAACUUGGCAGUCUUGGUGUGUCUCAAGUUACUUGAGUUUGCAAAUAAUCCUGUUAAGUCCACUGAUGGAGCCUUCGGGCAGUGAACAGUUGUGUGAGGACCCUGACCCUGGAGGCAAACCCCAAGAUGCAGAGGCCAGAAGACAGACAGAAUCAGAACAGAAGCUGUCGAAGAUGACCCACAAUGCCCUGGAGAACAUUAAUGUGAUUGGCCAAGGCCUGAAGCAUCUCUUCCAGCACCAGCGCAGGAGGUCGUCGGUGUCGCCGCACGACGUGCAGCAGAUCCAGGCGGACCCAGAGCCCGAGCUGGACCCAGAGGGCCCCAGCCCGAGUGCGUGUGCGGAGAUUGACGGUGUCCCCACCCACCCCACAGCUCUCAACCGUGUGCUGCAGCAGAUCCGGGUGCCGCCCAAGAUGAAGAGGGGUGCGAGCCUGCACAGUCGGCGUGGCAAGCCGGAGGCCCCCAAAGGGAGCCCCCAGAUCAACAGGAAGUCUGGCCAGGAGGUGGCAGCUGUGGCGCAGGCCGGCCGGCCCAGGUCCUCGUCCACCACGGAUGCGCCCACCAGCUCGGCGAUGAUGGAGAUAGCGAGUGCUGCUGCCGCCGCCGCGGGCCUGCCGGGCGAGGAGACCACUGAGCGGAUCGAGCGGUUAGAAGUAAGUAACUUCGCCCAGACAUCGGGUGCAGCGACCUGCAGCACCGAUGGCAGCAUUCACACAGACUCAGUGGACAGCACGCCAGACCCUCAACGCACAAAGGCGGCCAUCGCCCACCUGCAGCAGAAGAUCCUGAAACUCACGGAGCAGAUCAAGAUCGCGCAGACGGCCCGGGACGACAACGUGGCCGAGUACCUGAAGCUCGCCAACAGUGCAGACAAACAGCAGGCUGCCCGCAUCAAGCAGGUGUUUGAGAAGAAGAAUCAGAAGUCAGCGCAGACCAUCCAGCAGCUGCAGAAGAAGCUCGAACACUACCACAGGAAGCUCCGGGAGGUGGAGCAGAAUGGUAUCCCCCGGCAGCCCAAGGAUGUCUUCAGGGACAUGCACCAGGGCCUGAAGGACGUGGGAGCCAGGGUGACCGGCUUCAGCGAGGGCGUGGUGGACAGCGUCAAGGGUGGCCUGUCCAGCUUCUCCCAGGCCACCCACUCAGCCGCAGGUGCCGUGGUCUCCAAGCCCAGAGAGAUAGCCUCCCUGAUCCGGAACAAGUUCGGCAGCGCGGACAACAUCCCUAACCUGAAGGACUCUCUAGAGGAGGGGCAGGCGGAUGACGGAGGCAAGGCUCUGGGAGUGACCUCAAACUUUCAGUCGAGCCCGAAGUAUGGUAGUGAGGAAGAUUGUUCUAGUGCCACCUCGGGCUCCGUGGGAGCCAACAGCACCACCGGAGGCAUAGCCGUUGGAGCAUCCAGCUCCAAGACGAACACACUGGACAUGCAGAGCUCAGGCUUCGACACCCUGCUGCACGAGGUCCAGGAGGUGCGGGAAACGCAGGCCCGGCUGGAGGAGUCCUUCGAGGCCCUCAAGGAGCACUACCAGCGGGACUAUGCCUUGAUCAUGCAGGCACUGCAGGAGGAGCGCUACAGGUGUGAACGCUUAGAAGAGCAGCUCAACGACCUGACAGAGCUGCACCAGAAUGAGAUCUUGAACCUGAAGCAGGAGCUGGCCAGCAUGGAGGAGAAGAUCGCCUACCAGUCCUAUGAGCGAGCUCGGGACAUUCAGGAGGCGCUGGAGGCCUGCCAGACGCGCAUCUCCAAGAUGGAGCUCCAGCAGCAGCAGCAGCAGGUGGUGCAGCUGGAGGGGCUGGAGAACGCCACGGCCCGCAACCUGCUAGGCAAACUCAUCAACGUGCUGCUGGCCGUCAUGGCCGUGCUGCUGGUGUUCGUGUCCACCGUCGCCAACUGCGUGGUGCCCCUCCUCAAGACCCGCGGCCGGACACUGGGCACCCUGCUCCUCCUGCUGCUGCUGGCCCUGCUCUGGAAGCACUGGGACGCCCUCACGGGCUAUGCGGCCCGUGUCCUCGCCGCCCCCAGAUGACCCCUAACCCCGAGCACGGCCCACACGCCGGGCUCUGCGCCACAGGAGUUGAGUGGAUCUGUUUACAUUUAGAAUAAUGUUUUUCUUCAAGAGACACAAUUGCAAUAGUAUUUUUUAGAUUUUAUCCAAGAACGUUUUUGGGCAGGAAUCUUGGAUCCUUUUUAUGUAGCAUGAUUUUCCUUGGGAUGCAGAUCUCACACACCCUUUAACUUGAACCCGUGUCUGGAGCUCUCGGAAGGGCAUCCUCAUGGCUUGAAGGACUGCAGGAAGCCCACUGAGAUGUCAGGGCCUGCAGCGGCCCAACGCCCGCCCGCGCGCCCAUCUUACUGUGAAGCUGCCACCGUGUCACCUGGAGACCAGACCGGGGGACACGUGGGACUCCCGACUGUGGCCUGAAGCCAGCCCUGUGCCAGCCAGGGAGGCCUGGGCACGUUGGACCCUGCCCCAACCUCCCUAGGACACAGAGAGAGCGUCCACCUGGGCCCACUGCACCGCCUCUCCCAGUGUUUGGAAGAAGCCCUCUACAUGAUUCUAGGCAAAACCCUUGGCCGCACUUUUAAGGUUUUUUUUUUUUUUUUUUUUUUUAAAUAUGUGUUUAGUCACCAAUUUAAAAAACAAAAAAAAUCCGAACAGCAUACUUGAAGAAUGUAAUACUCAAACUCUCAGUGCUUCCUUAUGGCUCCUAAUAGGAUUUUUUAUUAUUGUUAUUACCACCAUUGGGGUUUUUUUGGAGAGGGUUGGGGGUCUUUUAUUUUUCCUCUGAAAUAAAGAAGCGUUGUUUUCAAAUGAAGAAGCGUCUGGCUGUUUGAGUGUGAUGCUGCCGCCGCUGCUGCUUCUAUGUCCUGCCACCCCACACCCCAGUUUUUGGGCUUUGUGUGGUUGGAGAGAAGAGAGAGGAAGGCUGUUUCCACGUCAAGUAUGAUAGUAUAGAGUCCCCCCCCCCAAGAACGUCCCCCAGUAUCCGCUGGGGCCUCUUCCGGAGGAACUGAGACUGAUGAGAGUAGAAGUACCCCAUGUCCCUGGAUUUACGUGUCAACACUCCUAAUGACUGAAACCAAAGCGACACAGCACCCACCUCCUGCCGUCCUUCUCUGCAGAGCAGCUUUAUUCUCUCUGCCCGAGAGAGUCACCCAAAAGCCAGCAAGGAGGCGAGAGGUCAGAGGGGCCAGACCAGGGGGUAGAGUGGCCAGCUUCCUGGCCACCCAGACCAGCUGGACAGCAUGGCUGUCUCAGGGGCUCCCAAGCACAGCUCAAAGCACCGGCCUUCUCCGCGUCUCUAACCAGCCGCACCGUCCUGAUGCAAGCUGGCCUUACAAGGCUUAUCUGUUCCGCAUUGAGUCCAGAACUGUUCCCUCUGAGCCCCAGUUCUUUGCAGCCAGAGGCAAGUGGAAGGAGCAUAGCUUUGCCUGGCCCUCCUCCAGAAAGUCCUCAGGGAACCCACUGAGCACCCACAGCCUGGUCUGUCCCAGAGGACAGUGUACAAGCUCCCCCACCCCACCCACCCCACCCACCUCCCGUGGCUUAGCCAGGCAGCCUGCUCAGAGGCAGUGUUGAGCCGCGAUCACUUUUGCUCUUCUAACUCAGGUAGCCCGACUGGCGAUAUCAUGGCAGGCCUGUGGGCUCAGCUGCCAACACAGAGGUGACUUUUUUCUUUUUCCGGAUUAAUUGGAGCCAAUCCCUGUUCAGGCCCCACCCAGGGCACACUGGUCCCGAGCGGAGCUGACUUCUGUCAGAAGUUCACUUUGCCGAAAGCGUGGCAGCAGCUCUAGGGGGUACCAAAUCCCACUGUGGCCGUGUUAGACCCUGCUUCAGCACACCGGCUGAGGCAGGGAGGAGAACCCCCAGAGUCCGUGAAAAGGGGCGGCCCCUCAGUGUGUCUCAGAGGGGCGGAGGAGCAGCUAAGUGCUAUGGGUGGUGGCAGUCCCUGCCUUGGAACAGCCCUGAGACAGAAAGGCUGUGCCUCUGGAAAGUGGCUUCCAGCUUCUCAGACUGGACCUUCAGUCCGGCCAGCCAGGCCCCCACUUUGAGCUCCCUGCCCCCACUCCCGCCCACUGCCUCCCCAGGCUCACUGCUCUUUGUGGCCGUGCUCCGACACACACUAACCUACCUGCUGCCAUAGCUGUUGCCUCUGCGUUUCUUCUGCUGUGCUAUUCUCGGCCCUCCAAUCUACUCAGCUUUCCUAUAGCCUCACUCGACGUCUGCUUUUCCGAAACCCUCUCUCUAAUAGUGGAGACCUCCCCUCUCACCAAGGCCACUUCUCUUGUAAGGACUCCUAGGAGGUGAGGUGUUCAGGGAGACUCACCCGUGCUUGCACGGGAGGCUGGCGUGGGAGUGAGGACUCCGUCCAGGCCACGGGGGCCUGACCGGAGCCUGUAGGCACAGCUCUGCUCCAACCCUGAUGCCAGCCACGCAGACAGCAUCUCAGCAAGGAAGGCUCCUGGGGGUAAAAGGAGUUAGAAUUCCAUAGCUGGCUGACUGGGCUCUCUCUCGCCCCUGCACCCAGCUGAGCUACAGGUGACAGACAGCAAGAAGAGCGCUCGGCUGGAGUCUCCCUUGCUGGCCCUGUCAGCCUAUUCCCGCACCUCCUUGCUGCAGUUGACUCUGGCAUGCAGCCGGUGACAUGUUGACUUCCAAGCGAGGACCAGCGAGGUCCUGGCUACUUUUCAACUUGCCAAGUGUGCGUCCAGAAGAAAGCCAAAGGGCAUCAGCGGUGAGCUGCACCCCUCACGGAGCUGGGGUUGGAGUGUGGCUCUCAGUGUUGGCGUUCCUGUCCGAGACGUGUACACGGGGGUGCCCGCGCUGAGCCUGACUCCCAGACUGCAAGUGUGUUUCCUCAAAGUGUGCAAGAAUAAAUAAAAACACCUGCAUGAAGAAGAGCGGAGAAGCCA